CGGUGUGUUGUGGACUCGUGGUGCUGGCUGCUGCUGUUGAGGCGGCCGGGAACGGGCGGUGGGGAGCGGGCGGAGCUGGCUUUGCCUCUGCUUGGCCGGCGCCGCAGUCGGCGCGGGCCGCGCCCGCCGCCGUAAACUGCCCUGAGCGCCUGCUGAGGCCGAGGGAGACGUCGGGGCCUGCACCUGGAGGGAGCCUGCCGCGCUGGCCCCGAGGAGGGGGCGUUGCCAUGGCGACAGCCUCUCCCGCCGCUGACGGGGGGCGGGGGCGGCCCUGGGAAGGAGGGCUGGUCUCCUGGCCCCCUGCCCCUCCCCUUACUCUCCCCUGGACUUGGAUGGGCCCGAGUUGGGGGCAACACCCUGGGCAUUGGGGCUUUCCAGCUCUCACAGAACCUUCAGCAUCCCCAGCUGGCGGUCUUGGCAUCUUCGAAGUAAGGAGAGACGUAAAGGAAGUGUGGAAUCCAGUGAUUACUGACAUGUGGAGGACUGGUCUCCUACUAUCGUCUAUUCUCAAGACUUCCUGCAAGAGAAGCUUUCUGAUGUGGGUGAGAUCAGUUGAGAAAGCAAGACCUGCAGUUUUAGAUGCUUCUGGAUGUUCAAUGCUAGCACCUUUACAGACUGGAGCAGCUCGAUUUUCUUCAUAUUUACUUUCAAGAGCAAGAAAAGUGCUGGGCUCCCACUUAUUUUCUCCCUGUGGUGUUCCGGAGUUCUGCUCCAUAUCCACCAGAAAACUGGCGGCCCACGGCUUUGGCGCAUCCAUGGCGGCAAUGGUGCCCUUCCCUCCCCAGAGGUAUCACUACUUUUUAGUGCUGGACUUUGAGGCCACGUGCGACAAGCCACAGAUUCAUCCUCAGGAAAUCAUUGAGUUCCCCAUCCUGAAGCUAAAUGGUCGGACCAUGGAGAUUGAGUCUACCUUUCACAUGUAUGUCCAGCCCGUAGUCCAUCCACAGCUUACUCCCUUCUGUACAGAGCUCACCGGGAUUAUUCAAGCCAUGGUGGAUGGUCAGCCGAGCCUGCAGCAAGUGCUGGAGAGGGUCGAUGAAUGGAUGGCGAAAGAAGGCCUCUUAGAUCCAAACGUCAAGUCAAUUUUUGUCACCUGUGGAGACUGGGACUUGAAAGUCAUGCUCCCAGGCCAGUGCCAGUACUUGGGCUUGCCGGUGGCGGAUUACUUCAAGCAGUGGAUUAAUCUGAAAAAGGCUUACAGCUUCGCCAUGGGCUGCUGGCCCAAGAAUGGACUUCUAGACAUGAACAAGGGCCUCAGCCUGCAACACAUAGGCCGGCCCCACAGCGGCAUUGAAAAGAAGAAACCAAGACACAGAGAGGUGAAAUAGCACCGUAACUUGCUCAAGUUAACAGUUACGAAGUGAUGGAGUUUGGAUUCGAACCCAGAAUCUCAGGAUAUCCAGAGCCCUCUGCUGGUUCAGUCCUAAAUUCACUGCCUUGGCUCCUAUCUUCCUUCUGAGCUACCCUGUGCUGUUGUACCCUGAGUUGUACCCAGCUGUAGCUUGAGAUGCUGGCCCCCAGCAUAGAGCUGCCCACUUAGCAAAUAAAAAUAUAGGACACCAAUUAAAUUUAAACUUCAGCCAAAGAAUAAAUAAUUUUUUAGUAUAAGUAUGUCCCCUCUGGGGCUGGGGACUUAUUAAUCUGGCAGUCCUCUGUCAGGCAGGCUCAGCAUUGACCUACUGGCCCUUUGCUCUCAGGCAUGAUGCUGCCAAGAUGUGCGAACAGACAGACAGAUGGAGCGGCAAAAUGAGGCUCUAGAAUGUCAGCACACCAGGGUUCUUGCUCUCUCGUCCUUACCAAGGUUCCUGCUCCUAGUGCUGUGUCCCCACCCCAUCUUUGCUGGCCCCUGCUCCAUGGGCCCUGGCCCCCUUCCUCACCUGCUCCUGGAGAUCACUAAGAAAGUGUGCUUCCCAGGCUGAGCUGUUUAGGCAUGAGGCCUCAGGUUUGUCUGAAUCUUCCUUUAGGCCACACCACCUUGCAGCGUGUCACCCUGCUGCCCCUGAUGUCUCCCAGUCCAGUUUGCCUCUUUGAUCAUUUCAUGUUCAUUCUCUUUUUUCUCUCCAACAGACCCACGUAUGGGAAUUGUAUAUAUAAUAGAGGCAUCAUUUCAGAAGGGUGGGGAAAGUGUGGACAGCUCAAUCAAUGGUGAUAGGACAGUGGCUAUCCACUAGAGGAAAAAAGUAAAGUUAGAUCUUCUAUUUCUCACCAUAUACAAAAAUAAAUUCCAGACAGAUUAAAAAGUUAAAUAUAAAAACAAAGUAUUAGAAGAAAACAUAUGAUCGUUUUCUAAUAGCACUGGGAUAAGGAAGGCCUUUUUCAGUGAGAUACAAAGCCUAGAAGCUGUAAAGGAAAAGCCUGAUAGGUUUAAACGUCCCGUAGGAAUCUCAAGAUUUAACACUAGGUUCUCACUGCCCCAAACCUACGCCACCUCGGGUUUGCCUUACCUCCGUGAGUGGUACUAAGAUCCUAGACUUACCCACUACAGCCUCACACCCUAAUCUGCCCCCAUUAAGGCUUGAUCAUUGUGUUUCCUUAAAAUCUCUUGCCUCUGCCCAUGUCUCCACGCUCGAUACAUCCCCACCUCUGUCUCCGCCGCCACUGGCCUGGUUUCUGGGCCACCGUUUCUGGCCUGGACCCAUAGUGCAGUCUCCUAAUCAGUGUCUGUGCCUUCAGGGUUAACCCUCCAAUUCUUGAAUGAUAAUUCUGAGACACAGGUGUGGUCCUGUCUUGCCCCUCCUCAAAUUUGCGAGCAUCUCCCCGUCAGUCCCAGAAUAAUGAGCUCUGAAGCUCUUAGCUAAGCCUCCAGUCUCCAGGAUGUCCUCUGGCCAGUCACUGCUGACCUGGCCAGCUUCAUCUCUCCCCACUCCCCUGCCUCCUACUCUUCAUCACCCCCACCGCCUGCUAGACUGAAGUGUUUUUGGACACUAUAUUUCCCCUCCAGCAAGGAGCCCGUGCUGCUCACUAUGCCAGGAUCAUCUCCCCACUCCCAGCCCAGCUUGCUGGCCAGCCCCCUCCCACACGCCCUCGGACUUCGGCCUGGCUUUGUCCUCCGGGGAACCCUUUCCUGACCCUCGGUGCCUUUUCUGUGCCGCCUUUUCCCGUAGCACUGCUCACACCGCACCACUUAUGCGUCUGCCUCUGAGCUCCUUGAGGGCAGGGAGCAACAGAGUCUGCAGCCAGGCCUGUGACCCGGCACGGCCCGUGUGCACCCAGUGCACAUUAGUGUCAGUGUGUAUUUGCAGAGUGAAUGAGUGCACAGAUAAAUGGUCCUCCAAGAGUUCCCUUGGGCCCUUUCCCUCCUGAGGGUGGUCCUCGCCCAGGCCCUGCUUCCUGCCCUCUACUGUUCAAUUCCCAGACAAGUGCAGCUGACUGGAGCAUGGCAGCCUCAGGUCAUUGUCCUGUGUAAGCCCUCACUGGGUGUCCUAAGUGGUCUGAGCCACCCUUCCACCAGCAGCUUUGCCAAGCAGAUAUUUGACUACCCUUGGGCCGGCCAACAAGCUUAUCCUUUGUCAGGUGCUAGCCCCACUCACCUGUCUGAGGGAUUGAAGAAGCAGCUGCACAUCUCCCGUCAUGGUCUUGGCAAUAUGAAAAUAUUUCCAAUGUUAAGAAUAUUAAUGCCCCAAACAGAAGAGAGUCAUCUUGUCACACGCUGAUAACCCUGAAGGAACAUAAAAUUAGGUUAGUCUUCUAGAAUUUGGAGGUAAGGAAGACCUACCUCCGAGGCCUCCAUUGUGGGCACAAGGCUGUGUGCCUCCCACCCCUUAACCUUUACACCAUAACAGCUUCAGGGUGGCCUCAUUCGCUCAGUGAGAGGUGCCAGAAGGGGGGACUGCUGACCCAUGUGGCCCCAGGGCUUCAAGCAGAGGACUGUCCCAGAGACCAUGUUGUCACCAGCCUCACCCUGUUGCUGUCUCUCUCUGAACUUCUGGCCUGUUAAAAGGCCCAGAUUUGUCUCUCCGCUUCUGCCCCAUUUCCUAACUGUGCCAUUGACUUUUUAAACUGACCAGUGGGUUGCACUGACUCAUGAGGUUUCAAGGGCUAGAAAAAGAGCCUGGGCUGGAAGCCCAUAACUGCCGUACCGUGGACUUGGUGAACUGAAGCAAGCGUCUUCCCCAGUCUGGGUGUCUCUCUUCGUUGUAGUGGACCAGUCACAACAAGUUAGACUCCAGAAUCCUCAGUGAACAGGAUCAGUAGUCAGUGUGAGCUUAUGCAGUGAAUGCCACUUGGUCUCAUCAAGUGUGCUGGCCUGUCGUCUGUGCCAUAGAUUGUACAGUCUGUACCUUCUCACCAUCGGGUCACCCGGGAAACUAGCACCCUUGCCUUCCCUCCAAGGAGAGGAAGGAUUCCAGACCCAAAGCACCGACAAAGACGGGCUGUGGAGGGGUGUCACCUGCUGAGCACUCACAGUUAACACAGGUAGCGUCCCUUAUCACCCCUAGCGGAGGAACCUGAAGUUCAAAGAACCAUAGGCACUUGCCACAAGCACAUAGCCCGUGGGCAAAGAUAAGACUAGAAACGGGUCUGUCUGUCAUUUUCAGAAAACAAUGGUUCCUGGAGAUUGGAACACACGGAUUGGGGGUAAAGAAUGGCAGAGGUGAGACCAGAGAGAGCAGGGACCUGUUUUACCGGGCCUUUACCUUUAAGUCCUAUUAAAGAGUGUAGGCUUGAUCCUGAGGGGAGCACGAGCCAUUGAAAGGAUUUAAAGAGACAAGGAUGUGAUCAGAUUUGUGCAAGAGAGAUCACUUGGGCUACAAGACAAUGGAUUAGAGGGAGAAGAAAGAGGAUAGGCUGUGCAAGAGCAAGAGAUGAUGGGGUCUGCACUGGGGGGAGGGGCGGGGUGGCUGCGGGAAUGAAGGGAAAUAGAUGAUUAAACAGAAUAAGAAGAUAAAAAUCCACAGUUGAUACUUGAGAUUUGGGGAGGGAGAGGGCAAAGUGUCGAGCCCCAUUCUGAGGCUUCUUUGGGAGCGUUGGGGUGUUGGUCACCAGGAUGGAGAACACUGGGUAGUGAAGACAGGUGGGGACGGAAAUUGGUGCAUUACUGGAUGUUUCAAGUUUGUAUGGAUCUAGAAGGAGAUGUUCCAGAGCUCAGGAGAGGUGCGGGUAGGAGACGGCGAUCUUCAGGGCUUGCUGAAGCUCAGGGUGUGGAUGAAGCCAGCCAGUGUGUCGAGUGCAGAGAGGUCAAGGACAGACUGGGCCAGGCAGAGGUGGGAGGUCAGUGCUGGCCCACUGGAUGGCUGGUGGCCUGGGGGGGAGGGGCUGGGCACAUUCACUUGGGCCAGGGGAGGCAGAUUGAGCGAUUUGUCCAGCAAUGAGGGAGGAGCCAGAUGAAGUCAAUAGAAAACUAAUUUUCUUUUCUGCUGGAAGAAAUGAGGUGUGUGGCCGCUGGGUAAUUGCAGAUAACGAGGGGACUUAUUCUUAAUAUGCACAGCGGCCAUGGUCCCCAGAGUGCAGGAGACAGGAAGGAUUGGAGGUGCCCUGACAAGGCCAGACUUCUUUGGGAAGAAAAUCACCCUGUCGUAGCCUUUUUGACGGUGCCAUCACAGCUGCUGGACCCUAUCAUAAACCCUCCUGUUCACAGGGCCCUUCCUACCCCAUCUCCAGCCUGCCCCUCCUACACAGAUCUUCCUGUCCCCUUCCCCUUCCUGUCAGCUGCCUCACUCACGUCGCAGCCCCCUCCCUCCACCCUCUACCCCUACAGCACAGGCAUACACACUAAGGGAGACAAAUGACGGGGCCUCAGCUGAGCGGGGCGCGUGUCCGGCCCAUAAACCACGGGGACGGGUCACGUCUGGAGUUGCCAUGGCCGCCACUACCCACCCAUCUGUCUUCCCACUGUCCUGCCUCCAACCAGGCCUUAUGGCUUCCUGAGUCCCUGGAGGAAAAGGGUGUCCCCGUGUCUGCGUUCUGUAUCACUUUUCCAUGCCCACAUCCCCCUUGGGUACAUUCAUGUUGAGGUCUGCGAAACAGGACCCUGUGUGUGACUUGCCUGCCUUACACAGGGUUCACAGAGUCAUGUCUGGCUAAUGAUACAGGACCUGGGCUGGCCAAGACUCCCGCUCCCACCGCCCUUUUCUAGCUCUAUUGGGCCCCGUUUCCUAGUCUAAGGUUCCAGCAUGGGCAGGCCGGAGGGCACAAUGGAAGGGGUUGGCCCUUGACAGAUGCAGAGGCCUCCUGACCCCACCUUGACCUUACCACCGCCUCACACCUGAUUAUGACAUCGAAGUAUAAUGUUUCUGCAAUCACAGCAUCGAUCCCAUGAGGGCUGGUAGCGGCUGAGGUCCUGGUUAUGGCCCAAGAGCAUCUAUGGGAGGUGGGAGAGAGGUGGGGGGAGAGGCAGCCGAAGGGAUGGGGAGCUGGCUGGUGUUCUGGGCAGUGGAACAGGAAAAACCCUGGGCACUUGGGCCAUUUCUGUCCUUGGCUUUCUGUAGAGGGACAAGUGUUGGGCAGCUGCACCUCCUGCUGGUGGCGUUAGAACAAGUCCUGGCCCGUGUCCACGAUACUGAAGGCCUGGAGUAUCUGCUCCUGCAGCCGCCAGCGUUCCAGGAGUUUCUCACAGGGACCAGUGCUGGAGAAACUGCUGUGACGGGGUCUGGCAGGAGCAGACAUAUUUAGAAGCAGCCAGAGACAGGACUGAAGCCUGACUGGCAUCAGCCUGAGCCUGGUGAGGUGGGAGACGCAGGGCUUAGACUGAGCACACAGGCAUCUCUAGAAGACUGCUGGCCAGGGUACCAAAGGACCACAAACCUGGACCCUCUCCGCUGGCCUGGGGCUAUACAGGAGCAGGCGCCAGGCAGGCUGCUGUUGGAGCACACAAGCCUGGAGCCCAGGGCAGGCUCCCCAGGCCCCGGCCCAAAAGUGCCAAGGCUUGUGCCUCGUUACCAGCGAUUAUGGCCUGAGCCACAUCUCUCUCUCUCUCACA